UAUAUCACAGUCUAUUAUUAUAGAAAAAUACGUCGGCGAAAUCCACAAAUCUUAUUGACCAUCGUAACUUCGGUGGCUCUUGUCUUUGUUUGAAAUAGAAGCGGAGUAACAUAAGAAAGUAUACGAGAGAAAAGCAAAGGGAAUUAGCGGGAUCGGUAUACCACGAACACAUUUAAUAACUAUAAUAACUUUCUCUUUCCAUUUUUUUGCGUUCUGCAGAUGUCAACGUUUUUGCCAAGAUAUUGCACAUAUUUUUUGUCUGAUGGAUAUAGACAAAACUGCUCUUCGGGACAGAAAUGCACAGUUCUAAAAGCCAUUAUCUGUCAUUGUGCAAACCAAAGUGUUCAUUAAUUCAGAGAAGAAAUGAACAUAAUCGUAUCUUUUUUCUCAUCGGUAGAGAGCUAUAAGCUUGCAUUACCUAAUGCGAUGAGAACGCUCGAGACGUAAUUACGAUUGAUUCACGUUCUAAGUACCUUACGUUUUAGAGUUUCUCCGUUGCGAUUAUUUAAUGUUUUAACCAUCAUGUGGAACAUAUCGGUGCACGUAAAUGCUUUUCGCGCACUGACGUCUCCGUAGUCGUUGAUUUUUAACGUUCGGCAGUUAACGAAGAACGAUGACGCGUGCGAAUACUAUCAGUCGCUCCGUUGAGAUUGGUCUCCGUUUCAUCGGCAUGUGGCCGGACUCGGCAUAUCCAAAUCUCUAUUGGUUUAGCUACAUGACAACGGUAGUAAUAGUGCAAUAUUAUCAGUACGCGUACAUAUUCGCACACUUUGACUUGAACGAUCUUUGGCUCCUCAUGGACUGCCUCAGUCUUACCCUGGCGUACAGCCUCGCUUUUCUCAAGCUUCUCGUUCUGUGGUGGAAUCGUCGGAUAUUCUAUUAUAUUGUGAAGGCAAUAGAUCAAGACUUGAGUGAGUGCGUUAGUAAUGACUCGUAUAGCUCCACGAUGACGAGCAUGGCAGAUAUGUCGCACCGUUUUGCUAAUAUAAUGUUCGGUCUCUAUGCCUUUUCUUCUUUCUUUCUGUCGAUUGGCGAGCAUUUGCUUCAGUCCAUGGACGACGUCGAUCAAUCCGGCAACAGUUCCCGAGAACUUCCCAUAAAAAUGGAAUUCCCUUUCGACGUUAGCAAAUCACCGAUUUUCGAGUGUUUCUUAAUUGGGCAAUUCCUUUACGAUAUGGUGAUAGCUUUUGUGGUCGGCUUGAUAAAUGCGUUACUUGUUGCGUUGGUACUUCACGUAAGCGGUCAGAUAGAUAUUAUGCAGCAAGACUUAGUCGAAAUUUCUAAUGGAAAAUAUGAUCGCAGCACAUUCCUACUUGUUAUCAAAGGUCUUAUUUGCAAGCAUCAGAGGAUUAUCAAUUUAUCGGAAAAUAUCGAGAAUUUGUAUAGUUACAUUGCGCUGAUGCAAGUUCUGUGGAAUACGUUAGUUAUGUGUUGCACUGGUUUUGUGAUUAUAAUUAUCAUUAGCUCCGGCGAAGAUACAGCAAAUUUGAUCAAGUCCGUGAGCUAUUACAUUGCAAUAGUUUUGGAGGUUUUUAUAUAUUGUUUUGCAGGAGAAUUUUUAAGUGCCAAGAGUAAGUCGAUUAGCAACGCAAUAUAUGAGUCACUUUGGUAUAAUUUGCCGCCAAGCGACAGUCGCGUUAUAUUAUUUAUGAUAUUAAGAUGUCAAAAGCGAUUGACGAUCACUGCAGGAAGAGUCAUUGAUUUGACUUUAGAAGGAUUUACAAGUGUAAGGCGUUAUGUCAUUAAACAAUCUAAUACACUACGCCACAUUAAUCGAGGAUAAUUCUUUUUUAGAUAAUGAAAGCUUCUGUUUCUUAUAUAUCAGUGUUAAAUGCAAUGUACUAAAAUCAGAAGAAAUGUUAGACUAUUAGAAUUUCUCAGUCCCCAAAUAGUUUCAUCAAUAGCUUGUCGUUAUUAUUGUUGACUGAAUGAUAGUAACGUCAUUUUAGUAGAAGUUAUUUUUAAUUCAUUCAAUAACUAUACUUUAUUGAUGAUAAUUUUUCCAUGUCAAGUAGACUUUUUGU